AUGGACUACAGUAGGCGAAGUGAAGCUGGGUACACCGGGUCAAACAUUCCGCAUUAUUUUCGACACGGGAUCCGCUGACUUCUGGGUGCCAUCUAUUCAGUGUACGGAUGGCUGCUACGAUCGCAGGAGGUACGACCCUUCGCACUCCAGCUCGCACAUUCCGGACGGCAAGCAGGUGUCCAUUCAGUACGGCAGCGGCGAGGUACGCGGCGUGCUCGGCUCCGACACGUUGCACCUGGGCGAUGGUGUGGUGCCCGCACAGCCAUUCGCCGAAAUCACGCACGCGUCGCAAGGUAUCUUUCGGCCCGAACCAGUUCGACGGAGCGAUAGCGCGGGACGUUCCCUUCGACGGCAUCAUCGGGCUCGCCUACCCUAAGGUGUCGUCGCUAAAGGUGAAGCCGGUGUUCGACGCUAUCAUGGAGAAGAAGCUGGUGCCCCAGUCCGUCUUCUCCUUCUACCUGGGAAGAAGCUCCGACGCCAGACCUGCCGGCGAACUUGUACUCGGAGGCAUCAACCACGAACGCUUCAAGGGCAGCAUGCAUUACGUGUCGGUCAGCAAGAAACGCCACUGGGAAUUUCAGAUGGACCGGGUUCAAGCUGGAAGUGACAAACGCUUCUGUGUCGGCGGCUGCUGGACAGUGGUCGACUCGGGAUCUUCGCUCAUCGAAGGGCCCCAAGAGGAAAUCGACAGGAUUAACAAAGUUAUUGGUGCCCAGAAGACAGAGCACGAGAGGUAUCUCGUCGACUGCAAGAAAGUUAGCAAGUUGCCGAAGCUCAUCUUCACCAUUGGCGGCAGGCAACACACGCUCAAGGGAGUCGACUACAUAGUUAAGCUGCAAACAUCCAACAACAAGGUGCGAUGCUACGCCGGCUUUGGAACUACUGACGACUAUGGAACGAAGAAGCCUUUGUGGAUCCUGGGCCAAGUUUUCAUGCGGAAGUUCUACACAGUCUUUGACCGAAAUGCCGACAGGAUAGGCUUCGCUGAAGCGCGCUAGUGGCAUGUGUGCGCGCCCCAUGUUGUUCUUGAGAGCUACGGUGCAGUGAGAUGGCGAAAGCAAAACUACAAUAAAGUGGAAUAUUCUGAUG